AUGUCUGGCCCGUUCACAAGCCCGUUUGGGGCCAACGCCAACCCGUUUGGCGCCGAUCGCUCCAACACUAUGCAACGCGUCGCCGAGGAGGACGAAAACGACACCGUUGGUGCCACGAUCGGGCCUGGCAGCGGUUCUCUGUUCUCUGGUACCUUCGGGGGCGACGCCUCGACCGAAGGCCCGUCCUCGCUGCGACACACGCAGGGUCCCGACAGCUACCCUGCCCAGUACAACUUUGCGCGCCGCACGUCUGUGUCUGCGGAGUCGCUGAAACCCAGCGCCGAUACGUAUGACAAUUGGUCGCCGCCUUUCCACGAAAAGACUCCCGAGCAAAUCGAGCGGCUGAAGCAUGCCAUCGAAGGCAACUUUCUCUUCAGUCAUCUGGACGAGGACCAGAGCGCGCAGAUUCUCGGGGCUCUGGUUGAGAAGCCCAUUCCUGCCAAGGGCAUCAAGAUCAUCAGCCAGGGUGACGCCGGCGACUUCUUCUAUGUCGUCGAGAAAGGCUCGUUUGACGUCCACGUGAACCCCAGCGGCACCAUCCAGCCUGGGCCGGAUGGCCUCGGCGAAAAGGUUGGAAACAUCCAGGCUGGCGGUUCGUUCGGUGAGCUCGCGCUCAUGUACAACGCGCCCCGCGCAGCGACGGUCAUCUCUGUGGAACCUGGAUGCACCCUUUGGGCUCUGGACAGGGUCACGUUCCGCCGAAUUCUCAUGGAGUCAACCUUUGCCAGGAGACGGAUGUACGAGAGCUUCCUCGAGGAAGUACCUCUCCUCUCUUCCUUGACACCCUACGAGCGCUCCAAGAUUGCCGAUGCUCUGGAGACGCAAAAGUUUGCCCCGGGAGAGAUCAUCAUCAAGGAAGGAGACCCCGGCCACUCUUUUUACCUCUUGGAAUUUGGCGAGGCGGACGCGUACAAGGGAGACCCCAGCAACAAGGUGCUUCAUUACAAAAAGGGCGACUUCUUUGGCGAGCUGGCCCUGCUCAACGACGCGCCUCGAGCCGCUAGCGUCGCUGCCACGACGGACGUCAAGGUGGCGACAUUGGGCAAGAACGCCUUCCAGAGACUGCUCGGCCCCGUCGAGGGUCUCUUGCGGAGGACUAGGUAUCAGGGGGUCAAGACGGGCGUGGAGGAGAUGGAUCCGCUUCACAGAGAGUAA